AUGUUGAAUGAUAUAAAGACGAUCCCAAUCAUGUUAUUAAAUGCUAUGUUUUCAAGUGCCAUUAGAUUUGAUACUGCUGAGGACAAAAGCAAUAUAAGAAACAGAUCAAAUGAGUUUUAUGACAGAUGUAAGCUUUUAGAAUUAGUGGAAACAAACAAGAUCACUUUGAUACAAUCAUAUUUAUUAUUAUCUAUACACGAGGAAGGCAUUGAAGGAGCAACUUCUUCUAAAGAAUAUAUAACGAAAGCAUGCAAUUUAUGUGGGGAGCUUGCAAUCACAAAUAUGGGUGGUUCUAAUGGAAUAUCUAAAAACCAAGAAAACAAAGACAAUGAGUUAUCGAGCUUUAAAAAAGUUCAUUAUAGAAAACGAAUAUUAACCCGUUUAUUCUGGGUAUCAUUUUGCUGCGACCGUCUUGUUUCGGCUACUUGUGGAAGAGAGAUGUAUUAUAAUCCUGCAGACUUAAUGGUUGAUAGUGUUGAAUUGGACGAUUUUGACGCAGGAGAAGACCAAGAAUCUGAUUUUGCGAUUUUUAGUUCUUGGUGUAGUAUUUGCAAAUUAAUUGAUCGUAUUCAAUGUUCUUUGUAUAGACCUCCCCAUAACCGAACGUUGCUGGAUCAUAAUUUAGAGGCUGACUUAUUGAAUUGGUAUAUUGAAAAUGAAUCUCAAAUGAAAGAAAGUUUCAAGCAUUCUUUGAAAAUCUAUCACUCAUAUGCAUUUAUCUUAUAUCUCCGCUGUAAGGUAGAUUCAAUUUCUCUUAUUGUCGGAGGUUCUGAGCUCAACAAUAUUGAAGGUGGGGCUACAAGUAGGCAUAUGUCACUUAUACAUCAUUAUUCCUCGUUAAUUGUCGAUCUAAUUGAAUCAAACAAAUUUAUUCAUCAUGUUUUAAUAGUACAUGCAAUCUUACAUGUCAUUGCUUUAAUACAGCUUGAAUCUAAAAUGCAAUUUGAAGAUAAUGGAGAAUUGUAUUACAAGAGUAUGAUGGGCAGAUCCAUUAAGAUACUUGAAAACUUUAAGGAUUAUUGGUGGUUUGCGGGUGCUGCUUUAAGACUAUGCAAGGUUGUUAUAUCCCCCGAAUAUUUUAAAUCAGACAAUAUUUCUUGA